UAGGUGGCGGCAGCGCGCCCGCCAAUCAGGGGAAGACACGCCUCUUCCGUUACGUCACGGCGUGUUUUGGCCGUGCUGGAGCGAAAAUACACUAGCUGCUGUUCUCGUUGUUUGUUUGUUUAUUUGUUUUUGGAGCAUCUCUCACAGUGGACCAGCACGAGCCUCGCAGCCCGGAGACAUGUCAGACACGGACACCAAGCCCUCCAGUCAGGACAAGAAGGACGGAGAGUACAUCAAACUGAAAGUCAUCGGACAGGACAACAGCGAGAUUCACUUCAAAGUAAAGAUGACAACACACCUGAAGAAGCUGAAGGAGUCCUACAGCCAGAGACAGGGUGUCCAUAUGAGCUCGUUACGCUUCCUGUUCGAGGGACAGAGGAUCGCAGACAACCAGACGCCCAAAGAGUUGGGGAUGGAGGACGAGGACGUGAUCGAGGUUUAUCAGGAACAGACGGGCGGCCACCGGACGCAACAGCAGCAAUAACUCAUAUACCUGCUUUUUUCACUCUUAUUCUUUUGUUAAUUGUAUUUUAUAUUUGUACAAUGUAUUGAUUAUUGAUUAUCUGUUAUUGAUCUGCGCUGCUCUCAGCCAGCAGGGCGGCCGGGGAGGAGCAGAGGAGAUCUUUCAGGGUUUUUCAUGUUUGUUUUGGAUCCGUCGUCCCUCCCCGUCCUCCGAGACGCCACGUUGCCUCUGGGACCCGGCGGUCUGCGCGGCGUUCAGCAUGCAGAACGUCGCUCUGUUCAAACAGGAAGCAGGAAGCAGGUCGGCCACAUUUAAAAACAGAAAGGAAACCAGUUGAGCUGAAACCAUCAGUCAAUUAAUUAAUCAACAAACAGAAAAUUAAGUGGUCAUAAUUAUGAUUAUUGAUGAAUUUUGAUAUUCAUUCAUUCAUUCAAAUUCAAGAUAUGAAGGGUUUUUUUGGCGUCUGGUCAGACUGAGGAAGACUUGUGACGACGUCACUUUGGACUCUGAGCUCUUCCCAUCAGGCUUUGGCUUUAGGUUCAUACACUAAGAGGUUAAUCAAUAGAUUAAUCAGCAGUGUAAAUACAAGUCUAAUCAGAACUGGUUGUGGGCAGAGCCAUAGUUUUCUCCAUAUGAGUGUAUCAGAUCCUCCAGUUUGAGGUGUCAGCACCUCCUUGUGGAGAGAAGGAGCGCUGCACCACCACUGCUCUGCAACAACAUGGAGGACGUUGAUCUGCACCAAGAAACCAAAACUCCAUUCAGAGCUAUAAAAUGUUUUGAAAGACGAACAACAACUUAUGAUCCAUGCUGCCCUGGAACUACUUUCUUCCCUCAAACUACAACUGUGGUGCUAUUGUGUAGUGAUACACUGGUAAUAAUAGGAAAGAAAGUAGUUCCCCUUGCGUUCAUUUUGGAGAGGAACAGUGGCGGUGCAUCGCUCGUUCUGUCGACUCUUCUUCUGAAGCCAGAAUGACUGAAACCAAAGUGCCGAUGUCUGAUUUUUCUGUUUGUUUGUCGCCGGUUUUGCCUGGCAGGCGUCUCUGCAUUUGGAUGCCAAGGCCAUUUCUUCACUUUUCAAUAAUGUUGUACAGAUGAGAAGAAUUUUACAAGGGUAAUUGUGAUAUUUUCAAAAAAUGUUUGUCAUGUUUGCAGGCACUCGUGUCAUUGUCAUCCCACAUGUAUAUUUUGUAAACAUAUUUUUUUAUUGUUUGUGUGAGAGGAAAGGCGGCUUUUAUAAAUGAAAUCUAGCAGACACAAAUACACAUCUCUACUGCAGCCCACCAGGAC